AUGGCGGAGUGGAAGGAGGAGGUGGAGGUGCUGGUACAGCGGGUAGUAAAGGACAUCACUGGAGCUUUCCGCAGGAACCCCAAUAUAGAUGAAAUUGGGUUAAUUCCAUGUCCUGAAGCAAAGUAUAAUCGUAGCCCUAUAGUAUUGGUGGAGAACAAGUUGGGAGUGGAAAGCUGGUGUAUCAAGUUCCUGCUACCCUAUGUACAUAACAAGCUUUUGCUUUAUCGCCAGAAGAAGCUAUGGCUUAAUAGAGAUGAGCUGAUUGACGUAACAUGCACACUACUGCUUCUAAAUCCAGAUUUCACCACAGCCUGGAAUGUAAGGAAAGAACUAAUUCAGUCUGGAGUCUUAAACCCUGUCAAAGAUUUGCAGUUGGGAAAACUGGCAUUGACUAAGUUUCCUAAAAGUCCAGAAACAUGGAUUCACAGGAGGUGGGUUCUACAACGUCUUCUCCAGGAGCACAUUUCUCCCUCAGUCCACAUCCAAAGAGGGAGCCUCUCAUACUCUUACAGAGCAGGUUCAGGGAAUUAUACAAGAAGAGAUGAAUGUCUGCGGGGAAGCGGCUGGCAGGUACCCAAGUAACUACAAUUCCUGGUCCCAUCGUAUCUGGGUUCUACAGCACUUGGGAAAGCUAAAUAUUAAGCUUCUCAUAGAUGAGUUGUCUUCCACCAAACAAUGGGUCUCCAUGCAUGUUUCCGACCACAGUGGGUUCCAUUACCGUCAGUUUUUGCUCAAGUCUUUGCUAGCUAAAGCACAAACAGACUCUGAUAAUUCAGCUGUGUCAGUGAGUCCCUGUCUUCCCAAAGAAGAAGAGAACCCACGACUUGAUGUUCCCCUUUUGAUAGAAGAAGAGAUGGAAUUGAGCAGAGAUCUGAUUGAAUCCUACCCAGGGCAUGAAGCACUUUGGUGCCACAGGCGACAGAUACUUGGUUUGAUUCACCAACUGCACAAUGAACAAUCUUCCUCUUCGACUGUACAAGUCACAGAUGUGGAUGGCGCUGUUAUCAGCCCAGGAAGUGGAACCCAUAACUACACCAAUUUUCUGAGUUACACUAUGGAUAUCGAUGGAGCGUGCGACAUAAACAAGCAGGGCUAUACUCAAGAAACCAAACGGCUAAAGCGUACCCCUGUCCAGGACUCUCUUAUAUUUGAAUCUGAGCUCAGGUUCAUUAGCUGUGUCUUAACAGGCUGCAGAAAUGCUGAGCAGUGCAGGUUUGCUGCUUCAUACAGAAAAUGGCUGCUGUCUAUUCUAGGUCACUAA